ACCCGGAAAUGCAAAUGAGACACGAUUAAGCAUGACCUCAUCUGACCUUCCAUGGAAAAGCAGCUGUGACAACUGACAAGGAGUGGCAAGUUUCAGAAAGUCGACGAGGAAUUGAAUUGAGGAGACCCGAAAUGCCUGGAAUUCAACUUCUGCGUCUCGAGGACGCUCAAGAUGAUUCACCUCAGGCACGAUCUUUGCUAAAGCUAUUUGAGACGGAUGCUGUACAGCUGAGUGGCUAUAUGAAGGGACUCUUAGAUGUUUGUAAAAAUGUUGUGGACUGCCAGAAUGCACUAAAAAAUGCUACUCAAGCACUUUCCACAAAGCUUGGAGAAUUUGAAUCAUGGAAGUUUGAGCUUGGAAGAGAUGACAGCAUUCUUGUGUCUACCCUGAAACAGUUUGCUGGUAAUGUUGACCAGGUUAGCACAAUGCACUCUACCCUUUCAUCAUCGCUAGAAGAUACUGUGUUACAUCCUCUAUCAAGGUUUAUGAACAGUGACAUUGCAGAGAUUAUGAGCAUGAGAGAACUCUACAAAACUAAUCAACAUGAUCAUGAGGGUGUUUUGUCAAAGUAUAGUAAGGUAUCUAAGAAGAGAGAACAUGAAACCAAACAGUGUAUUGAGAUGAAUGAUGAACUCUACGCAUGUAGAAAGAAACUACAACAGACAGCCAUGAACUACUAUACCGCCCUCAACCUGCUGCAGUACAAACGUACCACAGCUCUCCUGGAACCUAUGAUAGGUUAUCUUCAAGCUCACAUGGCCUUUGUUAAGAUGGGACCACAGAUGUUCACAAGACAAACUGAAGAAUAUCUCUCAGAUAUCAACACCAGUGUCCAGGGAGUCAUGACUGAAAUGAGCGUAACAUGUGAGAGGGCAAGAGAACAGGUUAGAGAGUUGGACACACAAAACCCAUACUACUAUGUGCCUGAGCCGACCCCUGACCUCCAAAUGCCCCCAAAGAUCAUCAACAGGAAGAGAUAUCAGAUAGGGGGUUAUCUCUGGAUUAGAUUGAAAUCAGGCCUAAGUCAUCGAUGGGAAAGACAAUACUUCUUCAUUCAAGGAAGUAAUCUAAUGAGUCAAGCAAAAAGUGAUAUUGGAGGUCAUCUUGUCAUAGACCUAGAAGGAUGUUUGGUGCAAACAUCGGAUGUUGAUGAUCGUCGAUUUGUCUUUCAUAUUCAAAAUAUACAGGAUCCUAAGAAGUCAGUCCAUCUUCAGACAAUGAGUACCCUUGAUAGAGAAGAGUGGAUUUGCACCAUCAGGAACAUCAACUCAGACUACAGUGCUGGAUCCGGGAGCAAUCGGGGUAGCAUUGUGAGUGAGGAUUCAGGAUCAGUGCCUGGGGUAAGCUCUGAUGGUAGUUCAUCAGGGAGUGUGACUGGGACUAGGUCAAAGAUCAGACCACUUCAACUUCAGAACAACUCAAAAGGAAUAAAUGAAGGACAGAGGUCGCGAUCAGGGAGUAAGGACGUCCCCUCGACCCCACCCCCUUCACCGUUUGACAGCAUGCUGCCGACCACACCCAUAUCAUUUGAUAUGAUCUCCCCAGCGGAACCAGUGCCCCCCUCCAUGGUCAAAGCCAGCCCCACCCAGAGGGACAAUCCACCAAGAAGGAUCAACCCUUUCAGUGAACCUGCUGGACAGAUAAGAGUGGAACAGAGUAAAUCCAGUAUCCCAGGAUUCCUUCAACAAUACGUGGUUCGCUUCCUUGGGUCAAUGGAGGUCAACCGAGACAAAGGCUUGGACGUACUUAUGCAGACAAUACGACACAUCAUGGCUGCCCGGGCAAUACACAAUAUUUUCCGAAUGACAGAAUGUAAUCUGAUCAUUACAAAUGACAGUAUAAGGUUAGAAGAUCCUAGUAAUAACUCGCUGAGGGCUUAUUUUCACUUAAAAAACAUCUCUUUUUGGGCUGCUCACCAGGAAAACAAAAGGUUACUGGCGUUUAUCACAAUAUCACGACCUGCCGACGUGGGUCGACCGACAUACACAUGUCAUGUGUUUGAGACGGACAGCGGGGGUGAGGAGAUCUGCCAGUCUUUGAGCAUGGCUGCAGAAAUCUGCUUCCAGGCCAUCCUGAAGAUGAGGACAUCUGGAGGGGCGGGAGACGGGUACGGAGGGGACAUGUCGUUGACCCCUAGCGGGCAGGUAACAGGAGGUCAUUAUGGGUCAUGAUGGACGCUGCUGCUCGUCUACAUUGUUUGCAUGAGUAGCUGAACAAGAAUAGAAAGCAUAGAACUUCCCAGCACAACAGAGGGCACCACGGCAUCCCCUCCUUCAUCACUACCCCCUUCCAUGGAUCCACCACACCCCAUCCACACCUCUCCCCCUCCCCCUGGUGAUGGUCUCACCCCACCCCUCUCGGCCUUGGAUCUCAACAGCAAUCAGAAUGCCAACAUUGCCAUGGCGAUCCCUGAUGCCAAUUUUCCAAUCAAUGUUGUGCUGAAUCUUGGAGGGACAACUUCCAAGGAAUCACAAGCUUAAUAAUAAACCUAGUAUUUGUUCCGUCUGCAUUAAAUGUACAUGUUUGUUUGUAUUAGAGAAACUAUAAUCAAACUUCAUUCACUAUGAUUUGUAUUGUUGUUUUGUUGAAGUACAUGUGCUAUAUAUGCUAUAAGUAUUAAGAGAAGUCAUCUUUAUUUCAAGGAGCCCAGUGGUAUGAUGCUAGGAUAAUGACAGGCCAAACAAGUCUUGGAUGGAUUUUAAAAAAAUCAUUGUUAUUAUUAAGUUAUUUUCUCACAUCUCAACUAUUUAGACAUGAAAGAUAUUGGAAAUGUUGUGUUUUUUCCAUUUAUUAUUUUUUUUUAUAUUUGGUCUAUUUUAUGUAGUGACAUAGCACCUGUUCCUUUGAUAAAUACUCCUAAUCUUAAUUCUUUAGAGAUGUAAUAGGAGUAAAUGAGAAGUAGGAUAAGGGUUUGAUUUGAGAUGAAGUUUCCAAUGUUUCAUCUAAGUAUCUGUCAACUGAGCAGAUGUCAUUGUCUUGAUUUAUGUCAUAUUAUAAAAUUAAACUCUUUUCUGCAUAAUAGGGUGACAAUUUUUUUUUUGUAUUUCAAAGUCAUAUUUUCAGGAAAGACAAAGAAAAUUGGUUGCCUUAACACUUUAAACAAUCAUACAUCUAUCCCUUUGACAUGUUUUUUCUUUUUAAUCAUUAUUUUUGAUAGAGAGCUAUGAUUUGGUCCACAGGAUAUUACUUAUUGUGUCAUUAAAAAAGUGAUUUCCCCAAAAAGUUUAUACACAAUGAUCAACUAAGUGUGUACUUCUAAAUGGAUAUAUUCAAUUCUUCUUCAAAUUUGUUAUGUUGUGGUUAGGAGUGUUUGCCUUUUUUAUUUGCCAGUAAAGAAUAGCUUUAAGUAUGAAUGUUAUUUCCUUCUCGGUCAAAAAUUCCUAAACUUGAUCAUUUUUUAAAAUGCUUUUUUCCUUCAUUUAAAGAGAUAAUAUAGUUUGGAAAGGAUAGAAAUUAAUAUUGUGAGAUUUUAAAUGCUUUUAAUGAUAUUCAAGGAGGCUAUUGUAGAAAAAUAAGCCAAAUUAUGCUAAUUAUUGAUCUUCAUAUGCCCUCAUAUUCAUUAAUUAUAUCAGCAAACAGAAGAAAGAAAAACAUCUAGUGAUCCUUUAUGUGUAAUCUCAUCUACAUGUAUGUUUUUCUGUGUGUGUGUCAAACUCGCCAGAGUUGAAUCAAUUUGUUCCCAUUUUAGUGAUUCCAAAACUUUAUAGCACAAACCACCAGUACUUUCCCAAUAUUUUGAGAUAGUUUUAUCCUUUAUUUAAAUUACAUAAGUUAGUUUAAUUUAACUAUCCGUAAACCAUAAAAGUUUUCAUUUUCUUAUAAAGAAACUACUAAAUCAUGGCAAAAAGAAGGACCUUCUUCUAGGGAGCUGAUGAAAUAUUUGUACAGACAGGGUAUAAAAUGAAAUUAUACCUUGAAAAUUCUGCCUUAAAAUCUUAUCAGGGUUUUUCUAUUUUGAUGACUGACAUUGAUAUAAUUUUCAUUAUGGAAAUAUUUUUCUGUAACAGUACCUAUGUUCCAUAGGCCACCUGCUUGAAGUCUACAUAUUUUUUCAUAUUCCUGAAAUAGUCUUAAUGAUAGAUGAGAAUGUUUGUCUCCUCACAUCUUUCAGAUUUUACUGUCAAACGUUGAUCCAAGAUGUAAAAAAAAGAUUGCCUAAAAUUUUUUGGUUUCACACUUUUAUGCUGUCCAUGCUUACAUAACACUUCAUAUACUUAUAGGGGUAGGAGAGGGGGGAAAAAGUAUAUCCAGGGAUGCUUGCAUAUUUUAGUAUUUUGGCAUAGUUCAAUAUAUGUCUCCAUAUUCAACCAAUCAGAUUACCUGAUCAUUGUACUUAGUAUGGUCAUGGAAAUGAUUUUUAAAUCAGGUUCCACUAUUGCCUUUAAAAAAAGUGUGAAUACAGUUACUAUCUGAUUUAGUUUUUGUCAACAAUGUCUCACAAAAGGUCAUACCAGUUUGCAGAGUACACUUGAAUGAGAAACAGAACUGGUGCUGAUAAGAAAAGAUGAAACUUUUGUUUUUAUCUGAAUGGUUAUAAUUACGUAUUAAUUAUCAUCCAUGGGGGAGGGGGUGAAAUUUGGGCCCCAUAAAACAAAGCUAAGUAACUGAUUGUACAUCUUAUUUGUGUGAUUGAUUGCACAUAAUUAUCAGUGCAAUCCAUCGUUAAAAAAUCAGCACUGCAAUCAAUAAGUUUUGUGAUAUGGGGUAUCGAUUGCUUUAGCUCUAUCAACAGUUGUGCCUUUUCAUAUUCAUAACAGUACAUAGUGCUCAAAAGGCCAGCUGUGAAAUAACUGUAAAUAAUGAUUACUAAUUUUUAUGUAUGUGAAAUUUAUGUUAAAUUCUAUGGUGGUUGUAGCCAUUUUGUACAGUGUAAGGUAAAAUUAAUAUAAUCCAUGUCACAUAAUCAUUUUAUGCAAGAUGUUAUAAACAUUUAAUACUUGCUGAAAAUUCUAUGAUAUCAGCCUAAUUUGUACUCUGUCACAAAUUUUUAUUUUAUUUUGUUGCAAAUAUUGCUUUGGUACAGAAAGUGCUCCAUAAGAAUUAUUUUUUAAUGCGAUACAAAAAAUAUCACAAUUAUUAAUUUGCGACCUAUAUAUUUACAUCAUUUUCCUCUUUGACAGAGAAUAUCAUUGUAGAGUAAUUUCAUGCGAUAGGUGUUCUAGUCCACACAUUUAAAUAGAGAAUAUCAUUGGAGAGUAAUUUGAACUAUUGUGAUACAUCAUUCAUAGGUGUUCUAGUCCACACAUUUAACCAACCACUUAUUCAAUGGGAUGUAAGUAUACACUAUUACUGUACCAGAUACAAAGAAAUGGUGAAAUUAUAUUCAGCUGUUGAUAAGUGCAUGCAUGCAUAAACAGCAUUUUUGUAAUAUUUUUAUCACUGCUGGGACCCGUUGCAGAAAGAGUUGCAAUCAAUUGCAACUCUAAAAAUCAUGCUCAACUUGAUUUUCAACCAAUCAACAGCGCGCAUUUGGGACUUGCGAUUGAUUUUUUGACUUGCGUUUAAACGCAACUCUUUCUGCAACGGGCCCCAGAUGGGACAAGACAACCCUCUCCCAUAGGAUCCUGUACUAAAUAAAAUUUGUGGGUAGCACCCCGCUAUUGUUGCCCAUGGCUGCAUGAGCAACAAUAUCAUGACCGCUGCGUCUACCACAGAUAUUUACUCACAUAGUAGCAUUUAAAGUUAUUGUCAACAUAUUUAUAUAUUGUUUUGAUAAUUUGAUAUUGAAUAUUGAAAAAAUAUAUUUGAAAAACGUAAUCUUAUGAGUUUUCAUUUUAAAUUUCUUGUCAUUUAAAGUUUCAGAUUAUGUGUACUAUACAAAAAGGAACGUAAUUUACUGAAUU